ACGCAGUCGGUCCGAUAAGAUUCUAAUAAAUAAAAAGACAGAACAUAAUUAAAAGAUAGCGCAGUCAAACAAAUUAAAAGUGUAAUAUACAAUAAAACGCAGGUGUAUAAAGUAAAAACGCAAAUAAAUUAAACGCAUUAAGUUGACAGAAAAUACUGUAACAAACAAAAGAAAACCUAGUGAAUUGAUAAAUUAGUGCCUCGAAGUAGGAAGAAAGAAAGGUAUGUGCUUACCUAUAGCCAUGUUGGACUGUGUAGGUGAAGAGAAGUAAUGACGAUAAUUUCCUAUAUUGAAUUCUCUCUCUACCUCACAAUAAUCUUGUCACCCCCUCCUCUUUCUCCCUAUGUUUACCCCUUCCUCUACCGACUUAUUUUUAUACUCGACAUUUAAUUGUUCGUUACCCGUCAUUAUUUCUCUUCACCUACACAGUCCAACAUGGCUAUAGGUAAGCACAUAUAUGUUAUUAAAAACACUACUAUCCUGUUCUGGCUCUGAGCCCUUUAUUUCAUUUACUUACUUGUUUUGUCAAAUUGUGUGAGUUUCCCGGGAGCUCAGCGAAACGAAUUCCUUGGAAGCUUGUUUUGUCGAAUUUUGUAAGCUCCCCAGGAGCUCAGCGAAAUGAAUUCCGUAGGAGCUUAAUCGGAGCUUUGUGCUGUGUGGGAAUUAUCCAUCUGUUCAGUCGUACAAUAAUAAGAUAAAUAUGUAAUAUACAUAUAGUGAUAUAUUAGUGCAUUUGAAUUCACACAUGUGUUUCACAAAUUACAAAUUCCAGUUGUUGACUGCAAGGCGGGAAAAUAUUAAAAAAUGAGUAUCGAAAACUUUCUGGCACAAGGUUUGACUUCAGCAUCCGCGAGCGGACUUUCGUUAUUCUUUCCGUUUCUCGCUGCGACGAUUGCCUAUCUUCAUUACGAAGCGCUGGAUGAUGAAGAGCCGCCGAUCAACGUACCAUCAGAAAUGCUAUUACCCUCCUAUGAUUUUGUGAUAAUAGGUAGUGGUAGUGCCGGAGCCGUAGUUGCCAGUCGUCUAUCCGAGAUCGAGGACUGGAACGUAUUAUUGCUGGAAGCAGGCGGUGGCGAAACCGAGAUGUCGGACGUACCUCUAUUUGCUGGUUAUUUGCAACUAAGCCAACUCGAUUGGCAAUAUAAGACCGAGCCGCAGGGUGAUGCCUGCCUAGCGAUGGAGAACAACCGCUGCAAUUGGCCGAGGGGCAAGGUGCUGGGCGGCAGCAGCGUGCUCAACUACAUGCUGUAUCUAAGAGGUAAUAGUCGCGAUUACGAUAUCUGGGAGCAGCAAGGGAACCCUGGCUGGGGCUCGCGCGACGUCUUGCAUUACUUUAAAAAAUCAGAGGACAAUCGGAACCCUUACUUGGUUCGCACGCCGUAUCAUUCCAGCGGUGGAUAUUUAACGGUGCAAGAGGCACCGUGGCAUACACCGCUAGCGGCGGCCUUCGUCCAGGCUGGUCACGAGAUGGGCUACCAGAUUCGCGACAUCAACGGCCAAUUUCAAACGGGCUUCAUGAUCGCCCAGGGCACCAUCAGGCGCGGCAGUCGUUGCUCAAGUGCAAAGGCUUUUUUGAGACCCGCCAGACUCAGGAAGAAUCUGCACGUGGCGAUGCACGCGCACGCCACCAAGGUGCUGAUACAACCCAAAACCAAGCAUACCUACGGGGUGGAGUUCGUCAGAGACGGCAAGGUCUUUCAUAUACGUGCAAAGCGGGAAGUAAUUGUGUCCGGGGGCACGAUAAAUUCCGCUGCGCUAUUGAUGUUGUCGGGGAUCGGGCCGAAGGAACAUUUGCGAGAGCUCGGGAUUCCCACGAUUCAAGACAGUAGGGUGGGUUACAAUUUGCAAGACCACGUCGGGCUUGGGGGUUUGACGUUCAUGGUUAACAAAGAGAUUUCGAUGGUGGAGAAGCGGCAGCAAAAUGUCCAGGCGAUAAUGCAGUACGCUGCGCUGGGUGACGGGCCGCUAACGGUGCUAGGAGGCGUCGAGGGGAUCGCCUUCGUCAACACCAAAUACGCGAACGCUUCGCUCGACUUCCCCGACAUCGAGCUACACUUCGUUUCCGGCUCGACCAAUUCAGACGGAGGAACGCAGAUAAGAAAAGCGCACGGACUAACGAAGCAGUUCUACGACGCCGUUUUUAAGCCGAUCGACAACAAGGACACGUGGAGCGUGAUCCCCAUGUUGCUGCGACCAAAGAGUCGCGGCGUAAUCAAGCUGCGCAGCAAAAACCCGUACGAUUACCCUCUCAUCUAUCCAAAUUACUUCAAGGAACCCGAGGACAUCGCCACGUUGGUCGAGGGUGUCAAGAUCAGCGUGGCCCUGAGCAGAACUGAAGCCUUCAAGCAAUUCGGGAGCGAGCUCAACUCGCAGCAGUUUCCUGGAUGCGAGCACACACAGCUGUACACCGAUUCUCACUGGGAAUGCAUGAUUAGGCACUACAGUGCCACGAUAUAUCACCCUGUGGGCACUUGUCGCAUGGGCCCCUACUGGGACCCCGAGGCCGUCGUUGAUCCGCAGCUCAGGGUCUACGGUGUGACUGGGCUUCGUGUGAUCGAUGCCUCAAUUAUGCCUAACCUGGUGAGCGGAAACACCAAUGCUCCUACGAUCAUGAUCGGUGAGAAAGGGUCUGAUCUCAUCAAAGAGUAUUGGUUGAAGCAGAAGAGUAGAUCCGAGCAGCAGCCUAGGUACAAACAAUAAAACGCGCACGUCUUCGGAUUACGGAUGACGACAGGGUGACAGGGUGCGCGAUGCAUAUGUAUAAUAUAAUAUUAUACACCGAGUACACUAGUGCCGUUGGCAUAAGAGGCGUGGAAAACUUUGGAGAAGAAACUUUGGGACUUUACUACAUUUCUUUAUACGUACAAGCCAUAUUAGUGUAAGAAUAUAAAUAUACAAUUCGAAUCUGCAUGCAA